AUGUGUGUAUGUGAGAGUUUCCACCCUAGUGAUAUGAAAAACACUAUUGCUUGCAUAGCUCCUACGAAAUGUGGGAGGUUUGCUGAAUUCGCGGCACACGGUGUUGAGAAUGAGUCGCCUACUGAGAUUGAGUAUUCUGGUGGUGAUAGCGAUCAACAGCAGCUUAUGGUGGAUUUGGUGGUGUGUUUGGGCGGAGAUGCUCUACCAGCAAACUCAGACGGCGAUGAAGAGAGCGAUACGAAGAUCUCCCCAAUGGACGUUGGAUGUCCUCAAGGGAAUAAGCCCAUGACGGUCAUGCCACCUCCUAUAGUUGCAUUCGCGUUGGGCAGUUUGGGUUUCCUUACUCCUCAUCCGUUCGAUAG